UUCUCGGAUCCCUUCCAGAGCCUGGGACUCCAUGACUGGUAUUUGGAGUGAUAGCGUCCCUAACUCCAAUUCUCUCUGAUUUGCUGCGGUAGCUUCUAGGCUCAGAGAGACUGCAUCUUCCUAACAGAUAUCAGGUGCAGUGUAAGCUGCAGAUACCUGCGCAGCUGGGUCAGCCUUUAAUCAUGGAAAGAAGGCUCCUAAAGAAGGAGGUGAAAAGGCUCCUGGGAGAUUAUAUUGGCAUCAGACUUCGGGAAAAGGAAUUUGACCCAAAAGGAAGAAGGCAACUCACCUUUCUAGAUGAUAUGGCGCACUAUGACCUGGCCAUCAGUGUUGCUUUGCAAUGGCUGGAUCGCUCGGAAGACUUAACUUGGCUGGAGUGGGAAAAAGUGAAAAGGCCCUUUCGUGGCAGACGCAUAUACCCAAACCAUAGAGAAAGAGAAGCAAUGAUCUUAUCAUCUUAUGCUGGAAUCUUAAUGAACAGCAUCCCAAUCGAAGAAGUCUUUAAAAUUUACGGGGCGGAUUCUUCUGCCAAUUCUGGUGCUACCAAGGUUCCCCGAGCUCCACCUUCCCGCCUCUCCUUGCACCCUUUUGCCAUGUUAACAGCACCCAAAGCAGCAGAAUAUGCCCGCAAACAGAGUAAGCCUGCUUACUUCCAUCCGUUAGAGAAGUUUAUCACAGGAGGGGGACUCACAACGUCAGGUCAGAGGUGGCGUGGUGUCAAGCUAAGAAGGGGAGCAACGAAUAAAAAUGCCACCAGCAGCUCUAGGAGGGAAGCAAAUGCCACGGAACAGAAAUCAUCAAAAAAGUUACCUUUGGACACACAGCCAAAGAGCAAAGUCACUUAGAAACUUGGACUUGCACCCUGGGACCUCACAAUAAAGUCUCUGGGAGAGGAAAAGAAACAUCAUCUCAAAACUGCAACUCUUGCCAGCAUAUUUUUCUUUACAGUUAGCUUUGAUGCAAACUGCAUUGCAGUGUUAUUUUUGGAUAUUGAACAUUCUUUUCAUAGAAUCAUAUUAUAUGGCUACAUUUGGGUUUUUAAAAUGUGUGUAUUUUAUGCUACUUCAUUGUGAGUGGAAGACUGUUAGUUGGAGAAUUCCAAGAAUAUAUAGUAUUUCUAUGUCAGAGCAGACUGGCUUUUAGCACAUUUUACAAAUGUGUAGCAUUGAAUAGUGCAGAAUGGUGGAGUAGGAGGCAGUUUUCCAAACUUUCAAUCCAAAAUAAAAUUAAUCUAUCAUUUGCCUUUACUAUGUUGUCACAUGGAAACAUUUGCAAUCCUUUCAAUAAAGCAUUACAAGAAAAUGGGUGUAGGCUUUCUUUUA